AUGUAUCGUGGCAUUCUUGACGUACGUAGGCAUGCUGAGCAGGCGCGGCAACAGCAAAGGCCGGAGCGUCGAGUGCCGUCCCACGGGCGGGCGCACGUUGGCCGGCGUGCCACUUUGAGGGCUCGGGACCGGCAGCGGGCGCAGCCGCAACAGCAUCAGCAGCAACGGCAUUUGGGACUCCCGUGCCUACGCGAUCAGGUGCGGUCGUCGGAGUACCUGGCGAAGUCGCGGAAGCUAUCAGACCAGGAGCAGGUGGAGCGGAUCCGCAUUGGGAUCGCUCGGGCGUGGCAGCGGGACCGGGAGAAGAAGGCGAAGCGGGAGCAGGAAAAUCGGGAGCGGGAUAAGCUGCAACAGCAGGAAAGGGGGCGACAGGAGAACCAGCAGCAGGAGCGGGAGAAGAAGGCGAAGCAGGAGCAGGAAAAUCGGGAGCGGGAUAAGCUGCAACAGCAGGAAAGGGGGCGACAGGAGAACCAGCAGCAGGAGCGGGAGAAGAAGGCGAAGCAGGAGCAGGAAAAUCGGGAGCGGGAUAAGCUGCAACAGCAGGAAAGGGGGCGACAGGAGAACCAGCAGCAGGAGCGGGAGAAGAAGGCGAAGCAGGAGCAGGAGAAACGGGAGCAGGAGAAGCUGCAACAGCAGGAGCGGGAGCGACAGGAGAACCAGCAGCAGGAGCGGGAGAAGAAGGCGAAGCAGGAGCAGGAGAAACGGGAGCAGGAGAAGCUGCAACAGCAGGAGCGGGAGCGACAGGAGAACCAGCAGCAGGAGCGGGAGAAGAAGGCGAAGCAGGAGCAGGAGAAACGGGAGCAGGAGAAGCUGCAACAGCAGGAGCGGGAGCGACAGGAGAACCAGCAGCGGCUGCGGCAGGAGGAGGCGGACCAACAGGCGAGAAGGCAGCAUCAGGAUUGGCUGUGGGAGCAGGGCUUGCAGGACCUGCUGCAGCGGGAGCGGAAGCGGGAGGAGCAGAAGCUGCAGCAGCAAGAACGGGAGCGGGAGAAGAAGAAGAAGGCGCAGCAGAGGCAGGAAGCAUUCCUUCGCAGGUGUCGGCGGUGGCGGGAUCGGGAGCAGGUGGGGCAGCGCAUCGGUUGGAAAAUGAUGGAUGAGUUGCACGAAGAGUUGGCCGACAGUGUGAAGAUACAGGCGGAGUUGCAGGCAAGCCUACAAAGGGAAAGGGAGGACGAGGCUGCGAAGCGGAAGNACCUACAAAGGAAAAGGGAGGACGAGGCUGCGAAGCGGAAGCUGCGACAGGAGCGGUGGGAUAAAUGGGAGCAAUUCAAGCAGGACCUACAACAGGAACAACAGCACCGGCGGCGAGUACUUUUAGAGCGCCAGCAGCGGCUGCUGCACGAGCGCCUGGAGCGGGACCAGAAAAACCAGGCGAAAUUGCAGCAGGAGCGGCAACAGAGGGCGGAUGACCACGCGAACAACGGCAGCAACCGCAGCANGGAGCGGCAACAGAGGGCGGAUGACCACGCGAAGUCACAAGAGGGGCUGCAACACCGGCAGCAGACGGCACAACAGCAACGGCAACAACCGCAGCAGCAGCGGCGCCAGCACCAGCAGCACCAGCAGCUGCAAGGUCUAGCAUCUCUAGGUGAUUCUCGUGCCGUGAGGAAUGCGUCAGAGACACCGUCUCCGUGCCCAGGCCGUGACUCUGGCGCUACUUCGGAAACGCCCACCGAGCGCCGAAGGGGCACGACCUCGGUGCUGACCAAGACGGUCAGGCGGGCCCUUCGCAUGGCGGGCACGGAGGUUGAAGCGCGCCGCAUCACCCUGUCGGCAGUGCUCCGCACCGACAGAGACGUUCCGGGGUCCUCCACAGGGUUGCCGCAGCAGCACAUGCGCAAGAGGGCAGAGCACACACUCGACUUCUCGUGCUCCCCUGAAGCGAGCGGCCUCGGACGCAAGAGGCGGAUGGGCUCCGNGGCGGGCCCUUCGCAUGGCGGGCACGGAGGGUUGCCGCAGCAGCACAUGCGCAAGAGGGCAGAGCACACACUCGACUUCUCGUGCUCCCCUGAAGCGAGCGGCCUCGGACGCAAGAGGCGGAUGGGCUCCGGUAAGAAGGUCAGCAAGACUAUCUUCUGGGCGCACGUUGGGGCCAUCGCCCGGCAAAGGAGACUGGCCAAUGCGGACGCGCUUCCUGGAAGUGCGGAGGAGCGACAGGGGUGCAACACCGGUUAUGCCCUACCCGCUCCUCGCGUCUCCUCGCCACGCGGGCAGGAACAGCGGGAAGCGCUUGGGCAGCACAGGCGACAAGAACGGGGGAUUCCACAGGAAAGAAUGGCCGAUGGCUCGUGGGACAUGUUUCGCCGGCCCUCAUCCACUCGAGGCAUGCAUACGACGAUGAACUCGUUGGGAAGACAACUGGCUCUUGACAAUGUGUCCCACCCUCUUUUUCGCACGUUGGGGCAUUGCAAACGACCUCCCGUCUCUUCGGUACCUCAGACGACCGUCGAGGCGAGGCCGCUGCCUGGCCUGACGCGAGGUGACAUGGACGCGACGAGGCAAGAGACACAAUCGUCGUUCGUGAAGCCGACCUCCGGCGGCAAGACCAUCAAUGCGCUCCCAUUCCUGCCGAUUCCGCCGGUGGGACCAUUGGCAGGACGGCGGGGAAGGGCAUUCGGAGCAUUGGCGAAGCCAGCGACUCCUACCGUAGCCAUCACGGCUGCGUCCAUUACCGUCGCCGCCUCGGCCGUUCCCGUGCCCACCGGAGCGGAGGAGGGCUCCAACCACGGAACGGAUUCUGCGUCCAUUACCGCCGCCGCCGCUGCCGUUCCCGUGACGACCGGAACGGAAGAGAACCCGAUCCACGGAACGGUUUCUGCGUCGGUUACCGCCGUCGCCGCCGCCGCCGCUACCGUUCCCGUGACGACCACCGGAACGGAAGGGGGAGCACACGAUGGGGCGGGAUUUUCUCGCACCAACCAGACAUCCGUGGCAUGUACGGUGAUGUCGAUCCCCGAUUUACCGGUCAGGCUGCCAGCGGAGGCCACUUGGAGGAGAAUUCUUGCCACCAAUCACCACUACGUAGCUGAUACCCCCCAGUUUACACUCACGUCUACACUACCUGACAAAGACUUCCGUUCUCUUGCCUUCGACUCUGCUAUCGUGCUUGUGUAUUUCAUCGCCAACACUUGUUCUCGCGACUUGGGCUCCCGCACCCGCCAGGAGUAUGAGGAGCAGCGAGCCGCACAAGAAGCCCAGAUCCUCCGCAACAGACGGGCCAUCAAGACCGCCCCCCCCCCGCCUGGCACCACCGUUGACAACACACGCCUCGCAUCGACCGUUGCGCCCGUUACGCCCAAGACAGAGCAGCCGUUCGAACGGGUGAAGCAAGGGAAAUGGAGGGUACUCACAGCAGACUACUUGAGCACGGACAGCGACGAUGGUUCGGGGGAGGAAGUCGGGUAG